GCCAGCUUUUCCCUAGAGCGCGGGACUUUUCCUAGGGAGGUGGACUUUCCGCUGGGCUGCCGACUUUCCCCCGGGCGACCUUCAUUCCUCAAGACUCCGCUAGCUUUCAGACCGCGCUGCCUGCACCCGGAGCCCCGAAGCUCAUGGAGCAGCAGGGACGGAGCGCAGCAGGCGCCCAGGCGGGGAGCGGCCGGGCCGCCAGGCGAGCGCGGGGAGCCGGACCCCGGAGCCCCAAGACUCUGAUCUUCGUGGUCUGCAGCCUCCUGCUUCAGGUCUCACCUGUCUCACCCAGAGUCAUCAGUCCUGACAUAGUUAAGCAAUUAGCUGGCCCGCAGAUGUGGAGGGACAGCCACCGAGAGAAACAGUGUCAACCAGGAUUCUAUCUGUCUGGAGAGAGUGGAAGUUGUAUAUCCUGCAUAGAUGGAAAGGAGUAUACCAGCCAUCAAAACCAGCUUCCUUCCUGCAAGCUCUGUGCUGUUUGUAAAUCAGAUGAAGAAGAAGUGGCCCCUUGUACGACAAUACAAAACAGAAAGUGUCAGUGUAAAACAGGCACUUUCCGUGAAGAAAAUUCUCCAGAGUUCUGCAAGAAUUGUAGUUCUAGAUGCUCUGAAGGGAUGAUGGAGAUCCAGGCCUGUACCCCUAGGAAUGACAGGAUAUGCGUCAGCCGCGAAGCAGGCAGUGCACAGUCCGGGACUGUACCUGUGGUUCUAAGUGUGUGUGUUCUGGUGCUGCUGUUGGGGCUGAUCAUACUGGCAUGGUGGUACCGUAAACGUCUGUCAGGUGUUUUAGCUGUCUUCAUGAACACAGUCUGUUCCAGGUUCAUCUGUCGCCAAAGUGAGCCUGGGGCUUCGGACAAUGCCUACAAUGAGAGGCAGAGCCUCAGAGAAUCAAGGUCUGUGGAGGUCUCUGAGCAGGAACAAGAAGGCCAAGAGCUGGCAGAACGGGCAGGUGACAGUAACCAGGCCCCAGUGGAAGCAGCACCAGCAGGUGCCACUGGCCAGGCCCCAGAGGAAGUAGCCCUUCUGUUGGCCUCAGCAAGAGCUGACACAUUGCAGACCAAGAGGCGACAGCUGGUUCCAGCUACAGGUGUAGACCCCACUGAAUCCCUGAGACUCUGCUUUGAUCACUUUUCAAACAUCAUACCCAUCACAUGCUGGGACCGGCUCCUGAGAAGGAUGGGCUUAUCAGACAAUGACAUCCACGUGGCCAGAGCAAGGGCUGGAGACCCCCACAGUGCCUUGUAUGAAAUGCUGAUGACUUGGCUCAACAGAACAGGGCGAAAAGCUUCCAUCAACACCCUGCUGGAUGCCUUGGAUGAUGUGGGGGAGAGAGCUGCAUGGGAGAAAAUAGAGAAUUACCUGGUGGGUUCUGGAAACUUUAUCUAUAAAGAUGAUGGAGCCGACUCUGCUUUCCCUUAUCCAAAAAUGACCCAGAGGCAACCCUUCCCAGCCAACAAAGAAGAAAAAAUAUCUUUUCUAGGCUUUUAAAAAUAUAUUUAUAUAUCUAUAAUUUAUUUUUCUGUUCUAUCAGUGGACACCUUUUUAAAAUAAAUAUUUGUAACAUUUCAUAUAAAGACUGUUGAGGUGGA